UGCGGCAACGACCCCCGCUAUCGCCUCCUGCACGUUACGCAACUGACCUGACCUCCCGGCUUCGCCGCCGCCACUCGCUUCCGGCCUCGGUAUAAAAGGCCACUGCCACCAUCGGUAGAUCUCACACCAACACCACUGCACUACACCACCACACUAGCUAGUGCCCUUGCUGAUCCUUCCUCGGUACACGCCAAUGGCCAGCGUCGUCGUCCUCGCUGCUGCCGCCGCUUGCUGCUACAUCCUCCUCGCGCCCUCGGUGUCGUCGGCGUCGUCCAUGCCGGUGGUGUACAGCGUCGGCAACGGGAGGGGGUGGGCCGUGCCGGCCGUCAACGGCACCGAGACGUACAACCACUGGGCCAAGAGGAACCGCUUCCAAGUAGGCGACAUCCUGGAUUUCAAGUACGAGGCCAAGGACUCGGUGCUGCUGGUGAACCACGACGACUACAAGAUGUGCAGCACGGUGACGCCCGUGACCCGGUUCGCGGACGGCGACACCAAGUUCAAGUUCGACCGGACGGGCUUCUUCUACUUCGUCAGCGGCGUGCCGGGGCACUGCGAGGCGGGCCAGCGGAUGAUGGUGAGGGUCGUCGGGCACUCCUCGCUGGCCGCCGCUCCGGCCAAACCGCCCUCCGUCGGCGUCGGCGGCCGCGCGCCCAGCCCCAGCCCCAGCCCCAGCCGGGCGGUCUGGUCCCCGGAAUCCCCGUCGUCGUCCUACGGAUCCAGUUCUGGCGGGUCCACCUCGGCGACCGGUUUCGGACCCAGCCCGUCGACCGAGCCCAGUGGGGCGUCCAGGCGGGCUCUCUCCAUUGUCACAGGGCUUGUUGCCGGUGUUGUCACCAUGAUCGCGUUGGCGUGAUCUUACUUGGAAGAGGAGGGAGGUUAAUUACUGUAGGCUAUCGAUCGUUAGGUCUGUGUCAUCGGUUUAGGGAGGGAUUAAUGUUAGUCUUGAGAUCCAUAGGUGAUGGUAGGGAGGACAAUCUGUUAUGGAGUCUUAGGUGAAUUACUCAGGCGAGACCUUGGUGUCAUGCAAUCCAUUCGAUCCCGUCAAAUAAAAUGGAUAAUAAAUUUCGCCU